UCAAAUUGUCACUUUGACAUCGAUAAAUGUUUCGAUUGUAGGUUAUUCAUACGUCAAACGUGAGCAGACUGAAAAGUAAUUAUAAAUUGCAGAUUAUAACAGUAGUAACAGUAACUUAUGCUUGAAAUUAUAUUUGAUUGUUGAAUGAAGAGAAAAUGAGCGACAAAACUAAAAUCAAAUUUGAUCUUCAAAAAGUCCACGAUCAUUUUCAUGAUUCGGUUAACAAAGUAAGCGAAGAUGAUGUGAGAUUAGAACCGUACCUUAAUGGAUAUAAAGAACUUUAUAAAUUUUUCCAACUCAUGGGAACAGUGUUUGGUUUUGUGAGUAGUGACGUAAAAUCCAAGGUAGAUAUUUUGGAAAGUCUGCUAAAUGAUCCUAAUAAUGGAAAAAAUUUCCAAACGUUUAAGUCGAUGAUAGAAUAUGAAAAAAAUAAUGAUUUAUUAGAUAAAGAAGAGUACACUUCUGGCAGCAGAACGUUACUGCGAUUGCAUAGAGGCUUAGAUUUUAUAAGAGAAUUUCUGAAAGCUUUGGGUGAACUGGAUAAUUGUCAAAAGACUAGUCAUGUUUGCCAAAUUGCUUACAAUAAUACGUUAGCUAAAUUUCAUCCAUGGCUUAUUAAAAAAGGAGCUAAUGUAGCCAUGUAUACCAUGCCAACCCGAGAAGUAUUGUUGAAAAAGGUUUGUGGCGAUGAGGAGGAUGUACAAAGAGCUAUUACAGUGCUUCCUAAAAUGCUGUCUGUAACUGCAGAUGUCUAUAAACGAACAGAUGAUUUAUACUCCAACCAUGAUCUACAUGAUUUGCCCUAGAACUGGGUUAC